UCUAUUUUAUCGGAAUCCGAAAUCCGAUUUGGAUUGGGUCGAUCAAUUUUCCGGUUUUUUCCGAAAUAUGCACAGGCUGCUCCACCCAGAACCGCCUGUUGUCAUCCCAUACUCGCCAGUCGCCACCCUUCCACCGCCCCUCUCCUCUCUUCUCUUCUCCUCCAAUUAAUGUUAAGAGCGUGGGUUUAGCUUAGAAGCGUGGUCAGGUAACCAACUUACUGGCUUCUUCUUCAUCGGACGGACCAGAUUAAUAUCAUAUCACAAAGAAGAAUUGGACUAGAAGAAUAAUAAGGAUUGGAUUGGAGCGGAGAAGAUGGGGUGGUGGAUGUUGCCGGACGAGCUGUGGAGAAGAAUACUCGAGCUUGGAGCCACCUCAGCCUCGGCCUCAGCCUCAAAUCCUCCUCCUUGUCGCCUCACCUACAGAGACCUUUGCUGCCUCUCCAUCACUUGCAGACGCCUCCACAGACUAUCCUCUGAAGAUUCUCUCUGGUCGUCUCUGCUCCUCUCCGAUUUCCCUCCUCCUCCUUCCAAUGCUUCAUUUAAUUCUACCUCCGCCUCGUCUUCUUCUUCUUCUUCUUCUUCGUUGAAAGCCCUCUACAAAAUCAGGUAUGAGAGGGGCCGAGAGCAGAAGCGCCUGGCUCAUAGAAGAAUUAUUCUCAGAAUUGAAAGCGAAGUAGCUGAGUCCUCCAGAAAGAUUCGUGAAAUGGAGCUUCACUUAGCUCAGGAAAGGGAAAAAAUGAGGAUAACAGUUGCUGAAUUACUCAACUUGCGCAGAGUCAGGCAAGCAUCGGCUGCGUUGAAAGUGUGGCAACCAGAGGUAGUUCGAGGUACACAAAAGCAGAUGGUUGAGCAAUGUAAUGUACCUGUCGAGUCUCGGAUUAGUGCACUUGAGAUGGAGCUCAGGCUUUGCAAGCAACAAAUUGCAAAUUAUGAUAAGGCUCUUAAAGUUGAAAAUCGGAAGGUUGACAGAGCAAAAGAACAGUUGGAAUCAGUAAAAUAUCACCCUCUGCAUGACUUUAGCAGGAAAGGCAACAGGAAUGACAAACAUGGCAUAAGAAGAAAAAGGUCGAAACAUGCAUGAAAAUAAUGUUCCCAUUUUAAGGUCUAAACAGAGAAUUCCACAAAUCAACUUAGAAGAUAAAACUCUAAGCUAAUAAAAAUGGUGGAGAUAGGAAACUCUUGUAGUACAGGUGGUGGCUUUCCAGGUACUUAGGAAUAUCAAUACCACCCGGAAAGUAGCUGGAAUAUCAAUAUUCCAGUAAGAAGUCCACAUCUUUCUAGCUGCAGAAACUAGGAAGUACCGAGACAAAUGGAGUAUCAUGCGUCUUUGCAGGUAGUUGGAAUGAUGCUAAGGAACAAGAACUAAAAGUGCCAAUUUUGGAAAGAUGGAUUAAUUCGUGAUAAUCUGAAAAAUGCGUUUUGAGCUAAGGAAUACCACUCAGUGGCACAUUAACAUGCUUUAUUCGAGUAAAAUGUUGUCUUCAUCAAGACUUGUGCGGUUCCAACUGGUAACGGUCCAGAGGAAAAGCAAGUUUUAAGGGCUUUGUCUUAAAGUCCCCAAUAAUCCAACACUAUGGAAGCUGACCUUUUCAGAGCCACAUUCAAUUCCGCCUCUUCUUUAUAGUUGAAAGCUUCGUCACUUGUGGCGAACAUGACAUCAAGGUGAUGUCCAAUUUGUCUCCGUACUUUCUACGGCUAGAAGAAUGUAGACUUGAAUCUUGAUUUUGCAGGUAUUUUCCAGAUGGUAUUGAAAUUUACUUCGAUAAUAUAGGAGGAAAGAUGCUUGAUGCCAUGCUUCUUAACAUGACCCUCCAUAGCUGCAUUGCUGCUCGUGGCAUGAUUACACAAUAUAAUCUUGAGCAGCCAGAAGGAGUUCGCAAUCUAAUUUGCUUGAUCUCCGAGCGAAUGUGAAUGGAUGGAUUUCUAGUGUUUGAUUAUUAUCAUCUCUAUCCUCAGUUCCUGGAAAUGAUUAUCCCACAGAUACAAGAAGAGAAAAUCACUUAUGUGGAAGACAUAGCUGAAGGCCUUGAGAAUGCCCCACGUGCUUUGCUAGGGCUAUUCUCAGGGCGCAACCUGUGGAUAGUGUACAUCAUCUAGAAUUGUCCUUUUCACAGUUUUUGCUUUGGUUUUGUCUAGUAUACUUGGUAUCUCGUGCAAUGCUGGGAAGCAAAUAGUAGCUGUUGCAAACGUUUAAUAAUGUGUGUCGAGUGGAACUCACGGAAGUGCUUUCAGCUUUGGUGCUUGGCUUUGUCUUAUAGACCUGGCAUCUUGUCAAAUAUAUAAAUAGAAUCUCACUGCUUUUCAGAGCCCAAUAGCAGCAUUAAUCUAAUCUUUUUGUGGUCUGUUGAGUACAGGAAAGAACAGUUGGUGCUUUUCUGUGUUACAGAUAUCAAUCAACAGCAUUUUGCCUUAAGAAUGACAGAUGCAGCAUUUUGCAUUAUUUCCAGAGACUUGACAUGGAAAAACAGAUGACUUCUGUAAAUCGUUUGGAAUCCCAUGGGUGUUAACAAAUAGGUACAGUUAAAGUUGUGAGGAAAAGAAAGAAAAUUGAGAAAAUAGUUCAACUGCCAAUUGAGGCACUAAAAACUAAGGAGCUGUUGGUUCAUCAACUUCUCUCUAGUGAGACAAACAUAGUGAACAACAGCUUGUACUAAAUGGAGAACUACCUGACAAGGAUGCUUUAGUUAAAGGUAUGCAAAGGUCUUUGUUCCCUUCGAAUCACAUGCAUUUUAAGCCAAGCUGCUCGCUUAAGAAAAGCGUCUGCACGAAAUCUUGCAAUGACUGUCUACUAUGUUUUAAAACCCUUUAAUUUGAGAAUUAUAAUUUUGGAUGGGAAAUGGUGCCCUGUGGCAGGAGAUAUGCUACUUCAGUAAAGAGACUUCAGCAGCUCACUCCUUGUGAGCUUAUUGCUGUGCCUGAUGUAGAUGGUGCUGCUAUCUGGUUGCUUAGCAGCACCGGAUGCAUUACAGUUAGAUCAGCUUUGAAAGUUCUUUGUCCUGCUGGAAAUAAUGUUCCCUGUCAUAAACUGGUUUGGGAUAAGGGGUCUAUACCCAAGUUCUGUGCCCAAGUUCUCUUUUAUCUUGUGGCUGCUAUGUGCAAGGAGAUUGUCUACGAAAGACAAAAUGAGAAGAUUGGGAUGUUUGAAUGGCUCUUCUGACUGUGUUUUAUGUAAUGGUGCAGAGAAGUCUUUCGAACACCCAUCUUUUGAGUGCAAAAUAUGCCUUAUGCUCUGCUUUCAGGGGUUCACACCCUUGCUCUGUGGAAUUUAGUUGCCUAUGUUAGCAUUGGAAGUCAAAUACACUUGUGGAUAAAUUCCGUAGGCUAGAUCUAGCUGUUACAGUCUACUACGUGUGGAGAGCUAGAAAUGAAGCAAUUUUUCAGAAGAGACGUUUUUCUGCAGUUGGCAUCAUCACAAACAUGGUUGAAGCACUGAGGCACACAGGAACCUCCAGGAGAGGUGUCUCCAGAACCAAAGAAAUCUGUAAGCUGAUCCUUGAAUGUGGUGUUUCCCACAAGUGCUGUUGAUAGGCAUUAGCCAUCCUCUAUAUAGUGAGUUGUAUUGAUAGCGUUUUGCUUUCUGCAUUGUACAGGUAGCUGUAGCUAC